AGGGAUGGGUAGGGAUAGAGUAAGCGUUUCCGAGGUUGUCAUUUGCUUUAAGGAAAAAAUCAAAAACCUCUGUCUGUCUUCUUCUUCUUCUUCUUCUUCUCGCAGCGUCUCUCUCUGUUAAUUUCCCUCUCCUGCAGAAGAGCCAAGAGAUGAAUUUUGGGUUGCCUGGUAUUUCCUGGUUUGGCAGCAUCACCUCGAAGAAGGAUGUACCUAUGAUUGAAACCGUGACAUCGACAACAUCUCUUGUGGAACAGCCAGAGCAAAGGAAAGCAACAAUGUCUAUCCUGGAACAGCCAGAGCAAGGGAAAUCGACAAUGUCUAUCCUGGAACAGCCAAAGCAAGGGAAAGGAUUGUUUGAUAUCAAAAUAUGGACCUGGUCCUUUAGUUCAGCACUUCCUUGGGCUGCAAAUGCUGCUGAUGGAAAGCAGAAACCUACUACUAUAAAUAGAGGGUUAAAAAGGCAUGCCCUUUCUCGAAGGUCCUCUAGAUCGAACGCUGUGAAUACUGUUUAUCGGUUUAGACCUUAUGUUUCGAAGGUUCCCUGGCACACAGGAACGAGGGCGUUUCUCUCACAGCUUUUUCCGAGAUACGGACAUUAUUGUGGACCUAACUGGUCUAGUGGGAAAGAUGGGGGUUCCAUGGUUUGGGAUCAGAGACCUAUUGACUGGUUAGAUCAUUGCUGUUAUUGCCAUGAUAUUGGUUAUGAUACUCAUGACCAGGCAGAGUUGCUAAAAGCUGACAUGGCGUUUCUUGAGUGUUUGGAAUCAAACAAGCGCGUAGUUACAAGGGGAGAUGCUCAAGUUGCUCACUUUUACAAAACGAUGUGCAUAACAGGUCUAAAGAGCAUACUAAUACCCUACAGAAGCUACCUUGUGAAGAUACAAUACGGGCAAAAUUUACUCGACUUUGGCUGGUUAAUGAACAACCUCAGCAAGAGAAGCUGGAGUUUUCAGAAGAAUUGAGACAUAAUCCCUGUACAUAGAAGUCGUAAAGAGAAGGAAUCUGAGGAUUAGGUUCGGUAGUAUAGAUAAAAUAUAUGAAAAUGUGGAAACGCUAGUAAGUGGUGUGUGUCUUUUGAACCCGUUGUGUAUGUUUGGUAAUAAUAUGAUCCGAUCAUUUUGUUUGAAUGCAA